UAAAGGUGUCGGCCGCCCGGCGGCGGGGCGAGCGAAAGGGGGAGAGAGGUAAAAAAAAAGCUUUAGAGUAGUUGAGGCCGAGUUGUCUCCGCGACGUUUGGCCACUGAGGGAGAUAUUGAGUAUAACAUUAAAAAAGAGAUUGAUAGAGGCGAAGUGGGAGUGUUCAGGGAGUGACCGGCGACGUUAAUAAACUCAGGCGGAGAAAGAGAAGAUUUUUUUUCCUUCCAAAAAAGGCAAGCAACAAAAUUGAAAACAACAACAAAAUAAAACACACCAAAGAAGGGGCGGAAUCAACUAAUUUAUUUAUUUUUUAAAAAAUAAGAAAAUAGGGGCCUGGAAAAUGGCCGGCGACAGCGGCACGUACGAGGUGGUGACCAGCCGGUAUUUAAAGGACAGGGAUGAGCCGUGUUUCCCCGGCUCGGGGAGAGGAGGCGGCGGCGGCGGCAGGGAGCUGGCCAAAGGCGGCGGCGAGGAUGAGGAGGAGGGGGAAGAAGAAGAAGGGGAAGAAAAAGAAUAUUCUGGAAGGAAGGUCGCCGGCGCCUCCUCCAGCUCCUCGGGCGAUCCGUCCUGGGCGGCCUCCGGCUACGAGCUGAUCGACGGCACCUUGUACCGCAAGAGGCUGGAGAGGGGGGCGACCAGCUACACCGAGGUGCUGGUGGCGGCCGCCGAGGAGCAGCGGCGGGCUGUCAUCGCCGCCUUCCACCAAGAGCCGGCCCCCGGGCACCGCCACUGCACCAUGGAGGAGACCUACAAAAAUGUUUCCGAGAACUACUGGUGGGAAGGAAUGUUUCCAGACAUCAGAGACUAUGUCCAGGGAUGCAAUCAAUGUAAAAAUGGGAAAGAUAAUCUUCUGAUUUCAGAAGAAAAGCAUAUAACUCGUGAAUUGCCGACACACUGCACCAAAGUGCUUGAGAGACUGAACAGUCAACGUUCUAAAGGCCUUUUUUGUGAUGUAACUUUGAUAGUGGAGAAAACAUCAUAUCCAGCUCACCGUGCUGUGUUAGCAGCUGUUAGUGAAUACUUCCAGGAUCUGUUUUCAGAGAAAGGAUCUACUUCUAAUAAAAUUGUGGAUUUGAAAGGUUUCAGCAGCAAGAGUUUCCUUCCACUGUUGGAAUUUUCAUACACAUCUUCAUUGUCGCUGAAACCGGAUUAUUUUGCUGAGACAUCUGCUUUAGCAAGACACCUGCGGAUUUGGGAAGUGGUUGAGAUGUGUUCAGCAUUGCAUAAAUUCCAUGGAACAGGGAACAAUAAAGCACAUAAGGAAGAAGGCAAAGAAGAGAAAAAGGAAUUUUCUUCGUUUGAAGCUUUUAUUGAUCAAUCUUUUACUGGAGCUAGACAGCAUGUUUCAGACAUCUGUUCAAAGUUAGGUCAGUUAGAAGAUGGCACAACUCAGCACAAAGUAGAUAGAAAUGUAUUUAGUGCAAGAGCACAUUCAGCAAUGAUUCAAGGAGAAACAAAAGUCUCAGAUUUUACUGUUAAGUUUCAAGAAAUGCAAUCAGGACUUUUCAAAGACAAAGUGACUCCAGUACAUUGCGAAUCUUCUCUUAAUAACACUGAAGUGGAGGGAUUGGAAAGUUCAAGUCGACGAUUUAAAUUAUUUGACUUUUAUGAUAAAACUCCACCUAAAUUCUUCCCAAAAGUUAAAUCUCUCUCCCCACAAAGACAUCCAUCUGUAAAUACAGCAUUGAGUAGCAUCCCUAAUUCACUGGAUUUUAAAUUAGCUGGCAUGUCAAGAAAUGCUAGUCAUCAAAGAAAAUGUAGCUUUGAGAAAACUCCCAUAAAAUCCAAACCACGUACAAGAAUGUCAAAACAUUUGGAUUGUAACAUUGUGAGCACUCAGGACAACUCUGGUUGUAAAGGAAUGAACGCACUUCUCCGAUCACCUGUUAGACAAAUGACCACUGAAGACGAACUUUAUUCUCCUAACACAACAGAGAAAUACAAACUGCUUAGUGUUUUAGGACUAAGGAGAAAAACUUCUGUUAUAGAUGAAGAGCAGGCUGGUUGGAAACAAAAAAGGAGACUUAGACAGCCUAAAGUAAAAAAUUAUUCAUUGCUUACUGGGACAAAGAGAAGAAAAAUAGACAUUGCAAAAACUCAGUUGCAAGAUGACCAUAUUAGAGCAAAAGCACUUGCCAAUUGCUUUGUUGUCAUUGAAAAGAUUCUACCACCAGUGCAGAAACAAAAGGUCGACAAUCAAAAAUUAAACAAAGCAAAUCUUGCACUAAACAAAUCAAAAUCUUUAAGUCAUAAAAAAAAUGUCUCUCAGGGUCCCACCAAAAAGGAAAUGGUUUGCAUUCCAACUAAAACACACAUAAAUAAUCCUAAAGCUAAAACUAAAGGCCGAAGCAGUUGUCUUGACAAGAAAAUUCAACGAGUGAAUAAAUAUAUUAAAGGCAGUAGCCAGAGGAAUCGACCUUUAACAAAAAAAUCACAACGCUGCAAAGUAGAUUCCAGUAUUUCACCAAAUGUGUUGAGGAAUGGGAAGAAUUUCUGCAGGGAUGACAGAAAACAAAACGCAGUGUUACCAAAAUCUCAGGCAAAUGAUAGCAAGGAGACGGAAGGCAGUUCAUUAACUAGAAACAGUAGAUGUGCCAAUUAUAUGUCUGUAAAAACUUCUUCUGUGCGAGGCAACACAACAUCUAAGGUCUCACCCUGCCUGAUAGAUGACAUACAUAGUGGCAGACGGAAGACAAGGCAGUCAUUUAAUUCAUCUAUGAAUUAUAGCAAUUGUAACUUAAACUUGGACAAUAAAAUACGAAGUUGCCCACAAAGUGUUGCACUGAGAAGAUGUGCAUCUGUAAGAAUGCUGCCAACUCGUUUUAGAUCAUUAGAUCAGACUCCAAAACUAAUGGAGUCACUUUCUGAUGACACCUGUUCGACCAUGUCAUCCAAAACUAAUGAGAGGCAAGUUCUAGAUGAGAAUUCUUCACAUCAACUGUCUCCAAAAGCAGGGGUAGGUAACAUUCAAAGGUUUAAAGGGAAAUAUGAAGGGAAUAAAUUAGUUCCUAAUAUUCACCAAAACACUUGUGUAGUAGGAAAUGAGCAGAAGAGAAUGACUCGACUAGCUGGCAAGCCAAUUGGAAAUGAUCAGCCUACAUCACAAUUGAGGUCUAAACAGGAGGCAAAGAAACCAGAACAGUUAAAACCUGUUUUCAAGGACCCAGGAAAGCAGACUAGAACUGCUUCAUGUGAGAAAAUGCAAUCUAGAAGGAAAGUAAAAAACACAAGGUGCCAAUCUUUAGGUGCUGAAAACCAAAAUUCAGGUACUACUUUGCACAAUAUUCAAGCUCAUGGAAGUAUUCCAAUACUAGGUAAAAGGAAACACAUACCAACACAAAAACUGAUUGAAUCUGGAUUUUCUUUUGGAUUUUUUAUGUCUGAACGUAAGAAAAAAACUGACAUGCCCAAGCUAUCCAACCGAACCGAUAGUAAACAAUUUGAGUUGUCUCCGAGUUGUACACUGAAGGGCAACCAUGCAACUAAAGCAAAGGUGGAUGUGCAAGAAAAUUCUAAGCACACCAUUUCUGUCAAACAAACACUGGUUAACAUAAAGCAGAACUGUUGCAAAACUGAAUGUGGCAUUGGACGAAACCCAUCAUGCUCAGAAAUUUCAGAAAGGGCAAAAGGUGUACCAGCAAAAAAUGAAAACGUGAAGCUAGUUGGCUUGUAUGGGAAGAAGCUAAUAAAUUUGAACAUUAAGAAUGCACUGUUGGAUAAAAGGGCAAAGCAUCCUAACACAAUAAUGAAAGAUGAACAACUAUCUACCUCGCAGAAGGCAAUAAAGUUGCAAAGAGUAGCCAGAGCUAGUUCGAAGCUCAUAGGUUCCAAGGACCCACCAAAGAACUUGCGGGGAGCUGCACAAAUCCUGAAGAAAAUGCAACCAAAAAUUAAUGCAACAUUAAAACUAACAAGAAGAAGAAAAUCAGUAACUGGAGAAAAAGUUAAAAAGACCAAAGUUUCAGAAUCUCAUACCUGCUAUGAAUGUAGCACAACGUUUAUAAAUUGUGACUCGCUGUUUGUGCACAGAAUGAAACACAUUAAGGGGAAGAGCUGGCAGUGUCUGUUAUGUGAUAAAUCGUUCUUUCGCCAGAAGAAUGUCCAAAUUCACCUUCGCUGUCAUAAUGAGAAGCUGUACAGAUGUAGACAAUGUAUGACAGAUUCAAAGAAAUCAAAGUCAUUUCAGGCCAAGCGCUGAGAAUUAUUGGACCACUGAAUGAGGACGAAAUGGUGAAAUUUGAGAGAUAGAGACUGCUGCAUUUGGAUGUACUCAAUUGAGUUCAUUCCAAAAUUUGAGAAAACAGGAAUUAUGAGAGGAUGGGCUAAAAUUCUUAUGUACUCUGGUGCUUACAUUUCCAUCUGUUGAAUCUCUUAUCAACUUAAUCAUUUCUCAAUGAGGAAAACUUUGUGAAGCUAAGUACACCCAUCCCUAGAAAAAUUCAAGCCAUUUUAAAAUUAUGUACCCAACUCUUUUUUUAAAAAAAAAAGUGGUAUCUUUUGAAAUUAGCAUUACCGAUUUUUGUCCCAAAAUAGAAGUCUCAUUUGAUUGACGAAUACCUUGACUGCAAACACUGUAACUAGACUGCAGGGUAAAAAUAAUCUGGGAUGAAUAAAAACUGUGCCUUUGAAAUGAAUUGUGUACAAUAUAAAGAUAUGGUGGUUACUAAAGCCCCUCAGUGGGCAUAAAACAAAAGCAUAAAUGAUACCUAUGCACUGGAGCUUGGAAACUUGUAACUUGAUAGUUAGAAAUUUUAUUUGGUGUUCAUCUGUGGUUACAGUCAUGUACUUGCUGAUGUGACCAUUACUGCUAUUAUGAAGCAAUUGUGCAAAACACUGUAAUGUUUUGUAGAUAACUGGAGAUGAUUACUGUUGUAAAUAUUACAGAAAAAUGUAUGUUCAGUCUAUAUUUAAAAGAACGUGGUUACCCAAUCAACUGUCAACACUUAGUUCCUUACUAGUGAACAAUCUUAUUGCAUUCAUGCUAUAAAUUUAUAUUUAUGAAUCUAAAUGUAUAACUGUAGUUUUCACUACUUGAAUAUUUUUAAGACAUGUUCUUAAAUGUAUGUGAAACUGUAGCAUGUUUUAUCUCAAAUAGAAGUGUACCAACUAUUUUUAAGAAGCAGACUUUUUGAAUUUUUGCAAAAGGGUGCUUACUGUUUUAAGCCUUGAAGAGACAUUUUAAACAGAAAAGGCCAGUUCAUGUUUCAGGAAGUUUUUUUGUCCAAUCUAGCCAGUCUAAUGAUAUUCUAAUUUAAGUAUUUUGAAAGUAUGUUACCAGCACUCUGCAUCUAUGCACAUGUGUGCACACUCCCACCCACUUUCUCAUCCACUCAGGUUUUAUUCAGUUGGAUGGGUUUUAGAGAGAAACAACAUGCAAGAUAAAAUUUUUGUUUUACUUACUAAAUUUUCAGUUUCUUGCAAUUUUUAAUAUUUUAAUUGUUUAAUAAUCAUUGCUUGUCUGAAAAGACUGGAACAAUUCUCUCAUCUCAGUGUCCUCUUAACUUUAAAAUGAGCUAGGAAACUUGAGCCAUUUUUACUGUGGAAUUCUAAGUAAAGUCUUGUACCAUAUAAUAAUUAGAUGCUGAAAAUUCUCAGCAGAUCAGGAAACCUCUUUUGAGAGAAACAGAAUUGACAUUUCAGCUCUUGAACUCUGAUGUCAUUAUGACAUUAAAUGCCAACUGUUUCUACAGAUGCUGGCUGACUUGCUGAGCCUUUUCAAGUAUUUUUGUUUUUAUUUUAUAUUUCCACUUCCUGCAGUAUUUUGCAUUUGUACUAAAGUCAUUACACCAUUGCUGUCUAAUGGUCUAGUUUCCGAUUAGUUAUAUUCUUUUGAACCAUUCACUGUGUGAAUUGGUCAAGUUUCAAAUUGGACCCCCUCAAGUCUCAAUCUGUUUUCCUUUAUUUAUGCAACGUGCAGUUUUAUGAACGUGGAAGUGACAAGUCUUGUAUCAAUUGAAAUUGUAUUAACAGUCUGUUUAAAAAUUGCCACUGUUAAGUUAUAUCAAAAUUAUUUUAUGUCCCUAUAAUUCGCUUAUAAUGAAAUAAGUGUUACUUUGGCAAGCUUUUAGUAACUGUGUAGACUGUUCAAGAGGAUAUGAUGGUUUUUAAGUUUUAAAUCUAAUUUGCCAAUUAAUUAAACAGAAGAAAAUUUUGUGGCAGGAGUUAGUAUAUUCAAACCCGACUGAUGUGUAAUUUGUUGAUUAUAAUUUUGUUUAAUGAUGAUUUAGGCUAAAUUUUAUUUGAAGGGAAAGAUACCCGAAUACAUAAAGCACAAUUGCUGAACAAUUUGACAUGCUUUUUAACAUGAUAAUCCUCCAGUUUAUCAUGUUUUUUUUUCUCCUUUAGUCUCAGGUUCAGUAUAUUCUGUUACAGGGCUUUAUAUACUAAAAAAAAACUGCUUAAACUUAAGCCACAAUUUAUAUUAUAAAUGUUCUUCAUGUAACUAGUGUGGUUCAUUUUGCACACUACUUGCUUUUUACAGAUUUUUUCCAGAAGUAAUGAGUUCAUUAUUCUCAUAUGUAGAGAUAUGCAACUAUAUUUCCUUAGGGGAAAAAUGCCCUCCCUUGAACUGUUAAAUAUUUACUGUUGGAGAUUGAAUUUGGUUCCCAUUCCAAAUAUUUUAAACUUUCUAGGAAUGUAAAUUUUGUAUCAACAUUAGCACCUAAAAUUUUGUACAUAAGGAGUUUUACAGAGUUGAGGUUUUUAGAAUAUAGAUUUGAAAACCCCAAUGAAAGAUGAAUGAGAUGGUUUUUAUUUUACUAUUUUGUAAUUUAACUUCUGGCAGGUAGAAUCAAAAUAGAUUUUUAAGUAAUGAAACCUUUCGAUCUAAUAAGGUACUUGUUACUAUGUAUGUUUCACAGAUUUAUGUAUGUGAUUUUCACCAUUUUUAAUAAAGGUAUAUAUAACGCUGUAUGUGCCUGUUGCGCGCACUCUUGAAAAUGCUGUAAGCUGCUUUUCAUUAAAACAUGUAGGAAUUUAUUUUUCCCUCCACUACAUCUCUGAUAUACUCGAGCAAUUAUAUAAUAGCUGUAAUAAGAUUAAAACAUGAUGUAAAUUUUAUAGUUUUGUUUUACAUUUGCUCCAUAGAAUAAAGCACAUUGUAAAUACAACCAUAAUGUGAAGAUAUCCACAAAAAUAAAGUAAGAUUUAAUAUCUGCAUGAUUUCUGUGGCUACAGUUUUAGUGAAGUGAAAGUUGCCAUAUUUUAACAAUAUAUUUUGACUUAUUUGUAAACUUAAGUUUCAGGAUAGAAGAUGAUCCUUGUUUAGUUGUUCACUUUGCUCCUUUCAUGUCGCAUGUACAGAGCCAAUAAACAUUUUCCUGAA